GCUCCUCCCUCACCGUACGCAGGCGGCUCCUCUCCUGCUUAUAUAUGAAUCUCCCCAACCCCUUCUCUCCCCGCCCCAAAUCCCCUUCGCCUCCUCUCUCUCUCCCUACCGCCCCGACCGGAAUGGAGGGAGGAGGCAGGAGCCCUCGCCGAAGCCCGGCACUCCACCGGCCAUCGUCCUCCUUCCGGCUCCGGAGCCCCAGCCUCAACACCGUCCGCCUCCGCCGCGUCUUCGACCUCUUCGACCAUAACGGCGAUGGCGAGAUUACCGUCGACGAGCUCGCGCUUGCUCUCGACCGCCUUGGCCUGGGCGCCGACCGCGACGAGCUCGGCUCCACCGUCGCCGCCUAUAUAUCCCCCGGCGGCGCCGGCCUCGGUUUCGACGACUUCGAGGCCCUCCACCGCUCCCUCGGCGACGCUCUCUUCGGCGCCGCCGCACCCGGUGACGAAGUCCCGGCGGCGGCGGAGGAGGAGAAAGACAUGAGGGAGGCGUUCCGGGUGUUCGACGAGGACGGCGAUGGUUUCAUCUCGGCGGCGGAGCUCCAGGUUGUGCUGGCCAAGCUCGGCCUUCCGGAGGCGCGGAGCAUCGCAAGGGUCCACGAGAUGAUCUGCUCCGUCGAUCAGGACCGCGACGGACGGGUGGAUUUCGGCGAGUUCAAGCAUAUGAUGCAGGGGAUCUCCGUCCGGAGCGCCUGAUUGAUGGGCCUGGAUGUGUCCUUUUUCAAAAAAAAAAAAAAUCUGUCAUGAGUUUCUAAACCUUUUAAUUGUGAUAAAUUCACUCCCCUUUUGAUGAGCUAAUUCAUCAGCCUGCUUUGCAAUUUCCAUUCUCUGUUAUGAGCCAUUAACGAUGAUGAGGGCGUGGUUUUGGAGAA